UAUCAAAUCAAAUUAAAGCACGGUAUGGACCUCCUAUAUCCUCCCUACCUGUAGAUUUAUUAAUAUUCUAUUUACAAAAGCACCCCGAUACAAUAGACAUCACUCAUCCUAAAUCCCUACGCAUCUUUGUCGAGAAAAUUAUCGCCAGCCACUUCCUUAACUUAGCUGAAUACAUACAGUCUAACGCUGGAGUAAUACUGUGGCAUCUGUCAAGGAGACGUGAUCUAACACCUUUCGGCGUCGCUACAGCUGAAGAACUCUGGAGCGAUGUCCAAUCAUGGAAGCGUCGGGUUGCCGAAUACCAAGAUGAUCUAGAAGGAACUAUGUUACAGCUUGGCGUGCCACUUACGCGAUCCCCCGAUACCAGCCGCGUCGAGAGCUGGACUAACAGAACUAUCGAUUUUCAACACCUAUUACACCGCUAUCGUCAAAUCGAGAAGCGUGUAAACGAGUUAGGUAGUACUAUUGACACCUUAGCUAGUCUCGCAGGCAACCGCGUUUCUGUUAGGGCAGGAGAACUAUCGCUUCAGGAGGCAGAGAGAGCGGGUCGCGAAAGUAGAAGUGUUAAGGCCCUUACGGUCCUAGGUAUAAUAUUUCUCUCAUUGUCGUUCACAGCUUAUAUUUUCAGCAUGGCAGAUUCGGUAUGUAUAAAACUUCCUAGUUCAGCUCGCUCACUCUUAGCUCUUGAUACAUAUUUUAAAGUCCUUUCAUUCAUAACUAACAUUUAACAGUAAGUAAUACCAUCCUACAUCCCCUCCGGAUACAUUCCACUCCUGAAACGGUGGAACUUUGAAGUAUAAGUUUCAGAAGCUAACUUGAAAAUAACCCAUAUACCAGUUACCUUCCAGGGAGCUCACUGUUUUGGGUGUACUUUGUUCUAUCAAUUUCGCUACUCGGAUUUGUCAUCCUUGUGUUUUCCAUCAUAGAACUAGGAUAUACAGACAACGGAACUCGGUGGUCCCCUGGGUCGGGGAUAGAAAAUAUAAGACAGAACUAAAUUCGAGGAAAUAUUAUUAGAAAUAAAACACUGUAACCUCACCUAUAAAGUACAUAUAGCUGUAAGGCAACAAUUACAUCUAAUAUACACCAACCUCGUACUACUACUAGAAUUCAGUAUCAUUAUCAUAAACCAGUUAUCAAA